UAGCGACAGACGUCAGGCAGUGUCUUACACCCCCUGGUACUUACCCUGCUCUGGGUUUUCCAACCUCACCACUGCAGAGCUGAAAAAGAGGAAAUUAGGCCUUUCUCAGCAGUGUUGUGAGACAAACGAUUAUCGACAAAGAAAUGACUUGGCUUUGUGUUGUUGCUUAUCCCUGGGGGGAGGGGGGAGUUACGGUAAAGAAGACCCUCUCAAACUGGAUUUGCUAAUGGAGUGCUUUAAAAUCAGUUUAUUUGCGGGGAGAGGGGUUACAGAGGCCGUGCCUGUUCUCUGGAGAAAACUUGGGGAAUACUGCAUGGUGUAAACCACCACCAUCCAGAUAUCACCUCUGGGUUGGCGUUGGAGUGUAUUUAUUUAACUUGCGACUCCUUUCAAAGCAUGAAUUUAAUGUAAUAGGGACACGGCACGCACAGUUUUGCAAUCUGUUUUACAAUCUGUUUUCCACUCACCCGGAGGAGGAUAGUGCCCUUCCACCUCUGCACCUGCCCCUGCCAAUCGGGUGAGAGCGGCCUCUAGAGACUGGCACGCGGGGACGGGGUCCGAGGCAGGGGCGGGGCUUCGUGUCGCCCCGCCCCACCGGUUCCCGGAAGCAGCCUCGGGGCGGGGGCACCGGAGCUCCCUUACGCUGGCGCGGAAGCGGGCGUAGGGGCGCGUACCCCGGCGCCCGGUGGCUGCCCGCGGUCCCGCGAGCGCCCUCCCGGGCCCCAUGCGCGACCAUGGCGCAGAGCCUCCGGAGCUGGCUGGGCGGCUGCCUCCUGGUGUCAGGUGAGGGGUCUGCGGGGAGGGGACGCCGGGCAUUCUCCGGAGUGUCGGCUCAAUCGCGCGCCCAGCGCGCUUCCCAAGCCGGGCUGCCUGCGCGGAGACCCGGCCCCGCCUUGGCGCUGCGUCCCGCCCCGAGGUGCGCUCGGGAACCAGGAGGCUCGGCUACGACGUCGGGCAGCGAUGGCCCCAAAGACGACCCCUGAGCGGACCCCAGAGGCGCACUCAAAGUGACUAAGUGCCUGGGCGGGCCGUCAGGGCCUCCCACUAAGUCCCCAGCACCCCAAGAUCCGAAUUCUGCCCCUCAACUCUGCAGCUCUGUUGUUUCUGAGUUCUAAAUCCAGUGAAACCCUUCCUGUCCUGCUCUAAAUUGCUAGCCCAGGUUCAAACAGCACUAUGGAUCCCUCCUUCCUUCCUGAUGAACUCAUCCCUGGCCUUCCAGGGUACCUUGCUCUCCGGUUUCCCUCCUACCUACCAGCCUUUUUCUAUUUGGGAUCCACCCCCUCUACCAGAUCUCCAUACAGCCAAGUUCAUGCCCGAGCCCUCUUCUCUCCUUCCCCUACACUAUCCCUUUUGGGGGGUAUCAGCAGAACUCUAGCAUUAAAUACCAGCUAUGGGCUCACGACUCUCAAAAUUAUAUCUGUUGGCAUUAGUUGGGUGAUGGGCCGGUGGCGGUUUAAUAUACUCUUCUCUGUACUUUUGUGUAUGUUUGGCGUUUUCUAUUAAAAAGUUUAACAACUAUUUUUGUCUCUAGCCCAGAUCUAUAUUCUGUGCCCCAGGCUCAUUCAUCCAGCUGUCUCUGAUAUACCGACUUACGUAUCCUUCAGCAUCUCAAACCUAAUGCAAAUUCUAAACUGGGACUCUUGAUUUCCCUGUCCCCAGCUCCAGUCAGGCCAUCAGCAUUAGGAAUGGUGCCACCUCCUGAAAAUGUCAGAAUGAAUUCAGUUAAUUUCAGGAACAUUCUACAGUGGGAGUCGCCUGCUUUUCCCAAGGGGAAUCUGACUUUCACAGCUCAGUACCAAAGUUAUAGGAAAUUCCAAGAUAUAUGCACAAGUACUGUCUUGACGGAAUGUGAUUUCUCAAGUCUUUCCAAGUAUGGUGACCACACCUUGAGGGUCAGGGCUCAAUUUGAAGACGAGCAUUCAGACUGGAUAAACAUCACCUUCUGUCCUGUGGAUGACACCAUUAUCGGACCUCCCAGAAUCCAAGUAGAAGCACUUGCUAAUUCUUUACAUAUGCGUUUCUUAGCCCCGAAAAUUAAGAAUGAACCUGAAACAUGGAGCAUGAGGAAUAUUUAUAACUCAUGGACUUAUCAUGUGCAAUAUUGGAAAAAUGGCUCAGACGAAAAGUUUCCAGUUACUGGUCAGUAUGACUUCGAGGUCCUCCGAAAUCUUGAGUCACAGACAACUUACUGUGUUCAAGUUCGAGGGUUUCUUCCUGAUCGGAACAAAACCGGGGAGUGGAGUGAGCCUGUCUGUGAGCAAACAGCUGCUGACGAAAUCGCCCCCUCCUGGAUCGUGGCCGGGGUCCUGGGAGCCUCGGUGUGCACCGUCCUCCUGACGCUCACUGGCUGCUUUGUCUUGCUGCGGUGCGUUUACAAGAAGGCCAAGCAUGCCAUCCCCCCGAGGAAUUCUCUUCCACAGCACCUGAAAGAGUUUCUGAACCACCCUCAUCACAGCACACUUCUCUUAUUCUCCUUCCCACUGUCUGAUGAGAAUGAAGUUUUUGACAAACUGAGCGUCAUCACAGAAGCGUGUGAAAGCCACAAGCCGAACCUUGGGGCGGGCUGCAGCCUUAGGACCUUGUCUGAGCAGGGGCCCUCUGAGCUGGCCUCCAAGGAAGAAACACACUCAGCCGGGCACAGCGACCCCCUCCUUCUCACGCCUGCCUCUGAGGGUGAUCAGAGCAACCGACAAACAAGGGCUGAGACCAGCUGAGUAACCCCCAGAUUGAGAACCUCAGAUGCUGGGACAAUGUCCACACCAACAAGGAGCUGGAUUUUAAAGGCUCACUUGGCACAAAUACUCCAUCUUGGGAACUAGCCACCUUAUAAAGGCCUUAAUGAUUUGAAAAAAUAGCCACUGAAGGUGUGAUUUUCAGCCUCAUGUGCUCACUCAAUAUAAAAAAGUUCCAGGGAAUUCCCUGGCGGUCCAGUAGUUAGGAUUCGGUACUCUCACUGCUGGGGCCUGGGUUCAAUCCCUGGUCGGGGAACUAAGAUCCCACAAGCCACACGGCCCAACAAACAAAACGAAAAACAAGUUUUAAAUGGUGAGAAACAGAAAUAUUUAAAAUGAGGAAUAAAAACCAAGAUGCUGUAAAACCUGACCAGAGUGCCGAUAGACUGAUGUGAAAAAUGGCCUCGACUCAAAAGUAACCGUCAGCAAACGCUGUACAUGUACAGAGCACAGACUUUGUGGAUUCUCAGGGACACUUUGACUGGAUUUAUUUUUCUAUGCGGACACAUUUUAUGUAUAUAAUGCUGGUGCUCAAUUAAAGUCUUAUUCUCCGUUUAA